AUGUCUCGCUUUGCUAGUUUACUUUUGUUGAUCAUUUACUUAUCGUAUGUCCUUGCGAUAAAAACCUGUGAAACAUUCAGUGACUAUUACAAAAUUGCCAGUGAUAAAUGCUUCGACAAUCCUGAUGCAGGAGCACCACCUCUCGAGAUCUUGAGGAGGUGGGGCUGUCAUGCUGCUGAAUACAAUGUAACCACUAAGGAUGGCUACCAAAUUUCGAUUAUUAGGGCUUGGCCCACACAUAUCACUCAGCCCAUUCCCAUUGUGAUGGGCCAUGGUAUAUACAUGAACAGCUUGGGAUUCAUCAGUAUGUUCAAUAAAACAAUCGCAUAUAAUCUUAUCCAAGAAGGCUAUGAUGUUUACCUCAUCAACUUCCGGGGAACAUUGUUCAGCACAGGUCACACCAAUAUGACCCAAAGUGAUUACGAUUAUUGGAUGUACAGUUUUCACGAGAUGGGCAUUUGUUCAACAUUAACUGCGUUGGAUCUAGUAGCUCGAAUAUCUGGGAAGCCCAAAUCUAUAUACAUUGGAUAUUCCAUGGGCACAACAGCGAUGUUCGUUUAUUCCACUCUGUAUCCUACUGAAGCUUCUGAAAGAUUGGCUGGAGUGAUAGCCUUAGCACCUGUUGCGAAUGUGACAGAGAUAAGGUCGAUUGUCAGUUACUUUGCACCGUUCUGGAGAUUUCCAAUCAAACCUAUUGCAAAGCUGCUCUUCAAUGGAAUACUGCUGCCCAGAAAUGAAGCUAUAAACAGGUUUUGCGCCUAUGGACCAAUCCCUAUUUUCCUCUGCUAUGCAUCCAGGGUUUUGAUUUUUGGACCAGAUUUCAAAAGCUUGGACCCUCUUUAUAGACCAGUGACGAAUAUAAACCAUCCAGAUGUCAUAGCAGCAAAUGUAAUAGAGCACUACUGGCAAUGUUACAAAACCAGGAGAUUCAUACAAUAUGACCAUGGUGCAGAGGAGAACCUGAUUCAGUAUGGAAGUGUAAUACCGCCAGACUACCCGAUUGAAGAUAUCCGUACUCCAAUGUCAUUUUUCGUAGCAGACAAUGACUGGAUCGCAGAAGAGCAUAACGCCUUGGCUACAUACAAUAUGAUUCCAUCACAGUAUCGAUGUGGAUACAUCGUUUCAUCAAAUAAGGAAUUCAGUCAUGAUGACGUCAUUACCUCCCGUUACGUUUUCAAGGAUUUGAUCCAAGGAGUGCUAGCUAAAGUACAACAAAUGAAAUCAGGUUUAUGUUCUUAA